GCUAGCUGAGAAAGGAGAGAGAGACACACACACACACACACACAUAGAAUUGGUUUCGUUUUCUUCGCCGGAAACGGUAAGAGAACGAAUCACCGGGAUAUUCUCCGACCAUUUUCUUGCUACAUUCGUUUCCGGCGGCCGGAUCUCUCUGUAACCAUGACAACAUCAAGGCGUCUUGCUGAUAGGAAGGUGCAGAGGUUCGAUAAGAACAUCACGAAGAGAGGAGCUGUGCCUGAAACCACUACGAAAAAGGGAAGCAACUAUCAUGUUGGCCCUAUCGUGCUCGGCUUUUUCAUGUUCGUCGUCAUCGGAUCAUCUUUAUUUCAGAUAAUCAGGACAGCCACAGGUGGAGGCAUGGCUUAAACUACAAACAGAUUAUGUGAUAUGGUAGCCCACAAUGAGAAAUUGAGAGUACAUUUACAACACCAAUGUUUAAUCAACUUGUAAAAAAACUUUGAAUAUGAAUAAAAAUGCACCUUACUGUGCUCUUCCCAUUAUUUAUU